GAUCGGAGCGUUGGUAUUAUUUGUUCUGAUUCGAACGGAAUAAAUAAGAACCCCAAAAAAAAAAAAGCUCAGUGCUUUGAAGCCUUUGGAUAGCGAAGCGUUCUGGUGUUUUUGGCUUUAAGAUCUACUGAACACUGGGUGGGCAAUGGGGGAAGAAGAUACAAAAGUCACUGUGGAGCCAACGGCAAAUGGUACUAGCUCUCUUCAAAAGACAUCAGAUGCUAUCAGUGGAAAGGAAUUGCUGGAGAAUGCUAGUGGCAAGGAAACACAGGAAAGUAAGAAAGACGAGGAUACUGGACCUGAGAAAAUGGAGAUAGAUGAUGAGAGUAAGCAACACCAAGGAAAAAGUGAGACGGGAGAUAAAGAGGCCGAGGUUACAGAAAAAGAUAAGAAGGUUGAGACUGAGAAAACAGAAGAGAACGAUGUCGAUCAAGACAAGGAAGAAGCAGAGACUGCUAAAAUAGACGAAGACAAGGAACAACCAGAAGCUGAUAAAAUGGAUGAAGACACAGAUGACAAGAACUUGAAAGCUGAUGAUGGUGUUUCUGGCGGUGCUACUGAGGUAGAUACUGUAAUGGAUGAAAAUGUGGAGUCUACUGACAAGAAAGAUGUAAAAGGCGCUGAAAAUCCAGAAGGAGACCAAGAGAAAACCGAGAAAGAAUCAAAGAAAGAGAAACUAGAAGGAGGGAAAGUAAAUGGAAACGAAGAAGGGAAUAAGGAAGAGAUCAAAGAGGAAGAGAAGUUGGUCGGUGGAGACAAAGGGGGCGAUGUUGAUGAGGAUGAAAAGGUGGAGAAUGUGGAUGAAAGUGACAAAGAAGAGGCACCGAAGGAAAAGAAUGAGGGCGAACUAGCUGAAGUGGGGAAAGAGGAGGAAACUAACAAAGGAGAGGAAGUGGAGGCAGACACUGAGGUCGAUGAGCCAAAAGUGGAAGACAAAAAAACAGAGAGUAAGGACGAGAAUGAAAAUGAGAUAAAUGACAGCAAGGAUGAGAAUGAAGAGAAAGAGGAAGAGAAGGAAGAUGAGAAAGAAGAGAGUAUGGAUGAUAAGGAAGAUGAAAAAGAAGAGAGCAAUGAUGAUAAGGAAGACAAAAAAGAAGAGAUCAAGAAGUCUAACAAGCGAGGGAAAGGGAAGACUGAGAAGGCUCGCGGGAAGACGAAGAGUGAGGAAGAAAAGAAGGAUAUAGAACCUAGGACUCCUUUCUCUGACCGCCCUGUCCGUGAGCGAAAGUCUGUUGAAAGGCUUGUUGCGGUGGUUGAUAAAGAUUCUUCAAAGGAAUUCCAUGUUGAAAAGGGAAAAGGGACACCUCUCAAAGAUAUUCCCAGUGUUGCUUACAAGGUAUCAAGGAAGAAGUCUGAUGAAGUUUUCAAGCAGUUACACUUCAUUCUAUUCGGUGGAAGGAGAGGAAAAGCUACUCAGCUCAAGGCAAACAUAUUACGCUUUUCUGGUUACAAAUGGCAAGGAGAUGAGGAAAAGGCAAAAUUGAAAGUGAAAGAAAAGAUUGAGAAAAUCAACAAAGAAAAAUUGCUGGAGUUUUGCGAUCUAUUUGACAUAUCAGUUGCUAAGACUACCACAAAGAAGGAAGAUAUUGUCACAAAGCUGGUUGAGUUUUUGGAGAAACCUCAUGCAACAACUGAUGUCAAUGAGAAAGAGAAGGGAGCGAAGCGCAAAAGAACUCCUAAGAAAAGUUCACCUGCAGCUGGAAGUUCAUCUUCAAAACGAUCAGCAAAGAGCCAAAAAAAGACCGAGGAAGCGACAAGGACUAAAAAGAGUUUACCUCAUUCUGAUGAUGAGUCUGAAGAAGAGAAAGAGGACGAUGAAGAAGAAGAGAAAGAGCAGGAGGUAGAGGAGGAAGAGGAGGAAAAUGAAAAUGAGAUCCCUGAUAAAUCUGAGGACGAGGCGCCUCAGCCUUCUGAAAGUGAGGAGAAAGUUGAAUCUGAGGAGGAGUCAGAGGAAGAAACUAAAAAGAAGAAACGUGGUUCUAGGACAUCAUCUGGAAAGAAAGAAUCAGCAGGGAAAUCCAGAAGCAAGAAAACUGCAGUCUCUGCGAAAUCCAGUCCACCAAAGAAAGCUACUCAGAAGCGCUCAGCAGGUAAACGGAAGAAGAGUGAUGACGACAGUGAUACAAGUCCAAAGGCAUCCUCUAAGAGGAAGAAGACUGAAAAACCGGCCAAGGAGCAGCCCUUGGCUCCUUCAAAAUCUGCAUCAAAAGAGAAGCCAGGAAAAAGAGGUGGAAAAGGGAAAGACAAAACCAAGGAGCCUAGUGAUGAAGAAUUGAAAACUGCAAUUAUAGAUAUCUUGAAAGGGGUGGACUUCAACACGGCCACAUUCACUGACAUCCUCAAGCGACUAGAUGAUAAGUUCAAAAUCAGUCUCGCCUCAAAAAAGUCAUCUAUUAAGCUGAUGAUCCAAGAUGAACUCACUAAGCUAGCAGAUGAAGCCGAGGAUGAGGAAGGAGAAGAAGAGGAUGCUGAGCAUGAGGAAGAAGAAGAGAAAGAGAAAGAGAAAGCUGGAGGAUCUGGUGGUGGAGAGGAGGUUAAAGCUUAAUCACAAAGCACAUAAAUCUAGUCGACCUACUAGUUAAUCUUGAAGGGGUCUCUCCUCGAUUGCCUAGCCUCCUCAGUCAUUAGGCAAAUAUAUCAGAGAAUGUAAUUUGUUGGUUGUUUAGUCUGGAAUUGUUUCUACAAGCAGAUUUUUUUUUUAAAAAAAACUUUUGGUAGAGUCGGAGGGAGGAAGAAGUAGUAGUUUUAAGAUAAGCAGCUUUGUUUGUGUGUAUACCUUUUAACAUAAGCUCCUUUAGGAUUCAUGCCCAACUUGAACAGCCUUUUGAUUUUUGGGUUUCCUUUUUAAGACAUUUGCUAGAACUUAUAUUAGUUUCUCCCAUGCUGUUUCGUCUCUGUACUAUAUUAUUACUUUA